AUGUCUGAUCACCUUGAUGCACCUGACCCGAGUCGAAUCUCGCGAGCUCACAGAGGCACAAAGCGAGAGACUGCCUACUUGGAGUCACAACAACCCCUGAGCAACCCUCCCUGGCCAACUCAGCACACAGGACCUCGAACGUCGGGCAAGAGCGGAUCUGAGGGCUUACAAGACCCGUAUGAGCAGUCCGCUCGUUCGCGUAGCAGUAAGCUCGGCACCGUGAACCACUCCCCGCAGAACCCAGUCGUUCCCUCUAGAGACCACAGUCCUACAGCUCCGCGAGAGCAUCGUCACAGGAGGCAUAGAAGACGCCAUUCGCGUUCAGCAGCGCGGUACUCCACCUCACGCAGCCCCCUCCGCGGCCGCCUGCGUAACUCGUCAGUCCCUCGCGGCCCGCGCAGUCCCAAAGCUAGCAGCAGAUCCACAAAGUCACCGUUCCACGCCGGAUUGCAAGACAUUCUGGAGGGGCUUUUCGGCCAUGGGGCGCGUGGACCCACAGGCGAUGAAUUGCGGAAGCUAGCAGACGACUUCGGCGAUCUCAUAGUUGGAGAACUGGUGGAUCGCUUGGUGGAGGAGCUCAAGGACGGACUGUUGGAGAAGUUGCUCAUUGAGUACUUAGAAGAGCUGGUCACGGGGGCCGUGAGGAAGAAAAUGACCAGAAAUAGCAAGGGCAAGAGCAAGGACAAGGACGAUGAAGGAGACUGGAAGAAGGGUCUGCUGAAGAGGGCCGCGCUUGUACUGGCCAAGAGGUUCACGCACUGA